UCAACCAUACUAACAAUCACGAACCACUGUCCCUUCACAAUUUGGCCGGCUAUUCUAACUGGUUCAGGACCGGCCGCUUCCUCAACUGGCUUCGAGCUUGCACCUCAAGCCUCCACGGAUGUAACCGCCCAACCAUCUUGGUCGGGUCGUGUUUGGGCUCGCACAAAAUGCUCUAACUCCGGACAAUUCUCAUGCAAAACCGGUGAUUGUGGCAGCAACCAAAUUUCUUGCAAUGGUAAGGGUGGUGCCCCACCAGUGACCUUAAUUGAGUACACCCUAGCCGGAGAUGGAAACAAAGAUUUCUAUGAUGUCAGCCUUGUUGAUGGUUUCAACCUUCCGGUAAAGGUUGUUCCAUCGGGCAAUGGUUGCCUCUCAACGAGCUGCCCAGUGGACAUAAACGUUGCAUGCCCAAACGAUUUGGCAUUAAUGGACGGAGGAGAGAAGAUUGGGUGCAAAAGCGCGUGUUUGGCAUUUGGGACACCACAGUUAUGUUGUAGCGGCGCGUUCGCGACGCCUGACGUGUGCAAGCCAUCAAUUUAUUCGCAAAUAUUUAAGAGCAAAUGCCCUCAAGCUUAUAGUUACGCUUAUGAUGACAAUAGCAGCACUUUUACUUGCCCUAAUGGAGGCAAUUAUCAAAUCACAUUUUGUCCUUAGUUUAAUAUACUCAAAAUAAGUUCAUGCAUGUUAUAACAUGAACACAUAAGUUCUUCAUAUUUAAU